UACCAAAGCAUAUAAUUCUAAAAAAUAAUGUUAAUGAGUCAUACGAUGAAAUAAAGAUUUAAAAAUAGAAUAGAUACGUAUUGAGGAAUAUUCCAGAUUAAAUCAUAUUUUAUCAUUCAGGCAUGCGCGUCGAUUCGAAAUUCGCGCUAUUUCUAGCACAUUCCAUUCGAGAGAAUUCUCCGCGUUUCUAGAAUGUGCUUUCUAACUCGCUUGCUAUUGGUCGAACUACUGCCCCAUCUUCGAAUCAGCUUUCAGAUAAUCACACAUACAUACAUAAGUAAUAAAUUUUCGUUACUUGUUGAAUCAUUUGAAUGGAUAAAAGUUGAAAUAAUAUCGUAUGGAUUUACCAUGAAGGUCAAUAAAUAUUGAUCUAUAAUAGGGGUAUCUUUCAAAGAUUGAUUAUUUGUUUAAAAGUCAACGUUUGAUAAAUCGAUUAAUUUUGAGUUAGAGGAAAAGACGGACGCAGAUUAUAUUGUUGCAUCAUUUGUUAAAUAUUAGAUAAAAAAAAAAGAAAGCUAUGUCUUCGUUGCCAAUAGUGUUUUCAAAUUGGUGGGAGAAUUUGGAUCGUCCUCAUCGUAUUUUUGAUCAACAUUUUGACAUAUCUUUCAAUCCUAAAAAUUUAUUAUCUUCUUGGACCCCGUACGAUAGGAAUACGGAUCUUUUGAUAUAUAGACCUCGCCGGCAUUUUCAACAUCGUCAUCAUCCAUAUAACAGAAGUAUGACACGCAAAACAUCUGAUACAUCGAACGUAGUAACUGAUAAAAACAAGUUUCAAGUAACUUUGGAUGUUCAAAAAUCUGUACCAGAUGAAGUGAUUGUAAAGGUGGUAAAAAAAAAUGUUAUGGUUGAAGAUCGAGAUUUUACUAUCAUAAUACCUAAGAAGAUAUUAGAAUUAGAAGAGAAAGAAAGGAUCAUAAAGAUAGAGAAUACAGAACAACCUUCAUUGAAAGAUGAUGCAUCAAAACCUAUUGAAACUCAAAAAGAACAAGGUUUGCAAACUGAGAAAAAUGCAGUACAACAGAGAGAACAAGAUAAGACAGUCACAGCUGCCUAAAAAAUAGUAUAAUAGUUUUUAUAUCUCCUUACCAUUAUGACAGUAUUAUUAUAUGUUAAGUGUAUUAUUUUUACUUCUCCUAUAGCAUAGAAUUAUGUAAUUUAUAAAAUAU